UAGAGCUGUGGGGAAUCUGAGGAGCGAACGAUUAGCGAAUCUAAUAGGAUGUUGCUGUGAAGGGGAGGAAAAAUUGCUGGUGGCUGAGUUCAUGCCUAAUGAGACCCUUGCUAAGCAUUUGUUUCACUGAGAGAAUCAACCUAUGAAAUGGGCGAUGAGGUUGAGGGUUGCUUUUUAUCUAUCGCAAGCUUUGGACUACUGCAGUAGCAAAGGUCGGGCAUUGUAUCACGAUCUUAAUGCUUAUAGAGUCUUAUUUGAUCAGGAUGGUAAUCCUAGACUCUCUUGCUUUGGCUUGAUGAAGAACAGUAGAGACGGGAAGAGUUAUAGUACAAACUUGGCUUUCACUCCGCCCGAGUACUUGAAAACAGGAAGAGUGACCCCUGAAAGUGUAGUUUACAGCUUUGGAACAAUGUUGCUAGAUCUUUUGAGUGGAAAGCAUAUUCCUCCAAGCCAUGCACUUGAUCUAAUUCGGGGGAAGAAUUUUUUGAUGCUUAUGGAUUCUUGUUUGGAGGGUCAUUUUUCAAAUGAUGAUGGAAGUGAGCUUGUUCGGCUAGCCACUCGCUGUUUACAGUAUGAGGCACGUGAGAGGCCAAAUGCAAAAUCUCUCGUCACUUCACUUAUGUCUCUUCAGAAAGAAACAGAGUCAUACUGUGCCCCUUGACUUGCUUACAGAUCA